AUGCUUGGGUCUAGAGCACUUCGUCAUUGCACCUGGCCGCUGGCUGCGGCGCCGACUCGUGCGUCUCGGCCGCUGAACUUUUCCACGACGGCGUCCGCGCGGGCGGCCGAGAUCCGCGAUGUCUCUUCGCUACCGUCGAGGGUUAUCCCAAAGUACCGCGACCCUCCGAACUCAACCUCUGGUCUCCUAUCCUUGCACUGGCCGACGCCACCGCGGAACAUCCUCCUGAUGCCGAAACUGCGAUCCCCCCAAGUCCUCCGCGCGACCAUCGACUUUGCGAAGCACCUGAACAGCACAUACUCGGGCUUGAACCUGAUAUUUGAACCCAGGGUGGCUCAAAUGGUGCACGAAUCUCUCAACUUCCCUAUCCACACCUGUGAUCCUUCCACGUUUCCCGACAAGAUCGACAUGAUCACGACGCUGGGCGGCGACGGCACCAUCUUGCGUGCUGCGAGCCACUUUAGCAUGUACUCUGCGGUGCCACCUAUCCUAGCUUUCAACUUUGGAACAAUUGGGUUUCUUGCGGAGUGGAAGUUUGAGGAGUACAAGCGGGCUUGGAGGGAGGCAUACAUGAGUGGCAGUGGCGUCGCCGUCGAGGAUCUCUUGUCGCCACACACCAGAGUUGCAAGCGGAGAGAAGGAACACGAUAUCAAUAAUGGAGGCCAAGACAUCCCGCAACCAAUCCACGCCCUUAACGAGCUUCUCAUCCAUCGAGGCCCGAAGCCUCACCUCGCCCACAUCGACAUCUACCUCAACAACCGAUUCUUGACGGAAGCCGUGGCGGACGGCAUACUUCUGAGCACACCAACGGGUUCGACGGCCUACAGCCUCAGUGCCGGCGGCUCCAUCAUCCACCCUCUCGUAAAGUCUUUGCUCAUCACUCCCAUCUGCCCCAGGAGCCUGAGCUUUCGACCUUUGGUCCUGCCCCUGAGCACAAAGGUGACGCUCAAGGUCAGCAGCAAGAACCGCGAUGGCGAGCUUGAGGUCAGCAUUGAUGGCAAGAGAAGCGCCGGUGCUGGCAUUGGCACUGAAAUCCGCGUCGAAGGUGAGAUGGUUGGCGAGUCCCCUGACGGCGAUUGGAAAGGCGGCGUGCCGUGCGUUAUCUGCGGACCAGGUAAGGGUGAUGCAUCGGAUUACGACGACGAUGGCUGGGUAGGUGGCCUGAACGGCCUGCUGAUGUUCAACUACCCGAUCGGAAGAGGACAGUAG